AUGAGAAUAUCGUUCCCUCGCAUCGUGGGACUUUCCCUUUUGACAGGAUGCGCGGCUGCGUCUGUUCCCAAUAUCGAGAUCAAGGGCUCCAAGUUCUUUUACUCCAAUAACGGCACUGAGUUUUUCAUCCGAGGCAUUGCCUAUCAAGAGAAUUACAGUGGUGGAGGCGCUCAGGGAACAGGCGAGACCAGCAAAGAAACCUACGUCGAUCCCCUCGCGAACGGCGACCAAUGUCAGCGUGAUAUCGUCUACCUCCAACAGCUACGCACCAACCUCAUCCGUACAUAUGCCAUCGACCCAUCCAAGAACCACGAUGACUGCAUGCAGAAGCUUGCCGAUGUCGGGAUCUAUGUCAUCAGUGACCUUUCUUCCCCGGAUAAUUCGAUCAAGGCCGACGACCCCACGUGGAAUGUCGAUCAAUACAAGCGAUAUACGUCUGUGAUAGAUGCUCUGCAGAAAUACGACAAUGUCAUCGGAUUCUUUGCUGGGAACGAGGUCGUUAACCAGCCCAACCAGACAGCUUCGGUCGCUUUUGUCAAGGCGGCGGCGCGAGACAUGAAAGCAUACAUCAAGAAGAAGGGCUAUCGCAAGUCCCUCAGUAUCGGCUAUGCAGCGACCGACCAGCGGGAUAUUCGCCAGGACAUGUCGGCCUACUUGAACUGUGGAUACCAGGACAGUGCUAUCGACUUCUACGGGUAUAAUAUCUACGAGUGGUGCGGUGACAAAACGUUCUCCUCGUCCGGCUACAAAGAGCGAACCGAUGAAUACAAGAACUAUUCCAUCCCGAUCUUCUUCUCCGAGUACGGAUGUGUUACCAGCGGCCCUCGAAGCUUCCAAGAUAUCCCCGUCCUGUACAGUGACAAAAUGAACGAUGUUUGGAGCGGCGGAAUUGUCUACAUGUACUUUGAUGUCAAUGGAGGUGACAACUAUGGUCUCGUCUCUGCAUCAGGUAAUUCUGCAAUGCCCGGAAAGGACUUUACGGCGCUUUCAAACCAGAUCAAAAGUGCGACAGCAACCGGCGUCAACAUGGCCAGCUACAGUCCUUCCAACCCCGCGCAGGAAUGCCCGACCGUCAACAGCAACUGGCUGGCGAAAUCGAGCCCGCUACCUCCGUCUCCCAACCCUGAUCUCUGUGACUGUAUUGCGAAGACCUUGGAAUGUGUUGUCAAAGAUAACGUCGACCUUAAAGAUUAUGGGACUCUCUUUGGCCAGAUCUGCGGUUACGGAAAGACCAUCUGUGAUGACAUCACUCACAACGCUACAGCCGGUCGCUAUGGCGCCUACAGCGUUUGCAGCCCCAAGGAUCAGCUUUCCCAGGUCAUGAACCGCUACUACCUCAGCCAGGAUAAGAGAAAGGAUGCUUGCGACUUCGACGGCAAGGCAAAAGUCCAGGUACCGAAUGGCUCUUCGAACGACUGCAAGUACCUCAUUCAACAGGCGGGCGGUACUGCAUCGUCAACCGCAGGAAGUAACACUGCAACGUCUACCUCCAAAGGUGCCGCUACCCAUAUGGUGAGUCCGGUUAGUAUUCUUGUUAGUGGCUGGCUUGGUGUGGGCUCUUUGGCAGCUGCGAUUCUUAUCGGCUGUCUGAUGAUCGUUCUGUAG